AGACAGACAGACAAAUAGAUAGAUUGAUAGACACAUUUCUCACCAUCACCGGCUUUGCGCAAAAACAAAAAGAAGAACAUUAUUUCUUAGCUUUAUUUGUUUUUUGAAACGUGGAUAUAUAAAGCUUAAGAAAGCUGGACAUUUUUAUAUAUGUUUAAUUUUAAGUUAUUUUAUGUGCAAGUUACUCUCGUGCAACUACAACAAAGGAGAGAGAACUGGUACCGAAGCAGUAAUAUUUCGGUUUUUGUUAUUUUGAACGCAUUAUUUAUCUUCAGUAUUUGACAGUAUUUAUUAUACUUAAGAGCAAAUUGUCUGUUGUAAUUUUUAAUAUAGCCUAUUUUGUUAAAUAUAACACACUGCAUAAUUUUCGCGGGUUUUCUUUCAUUUCGCGUGAAAAAUGAUUCGGAUACCCAGAGGGAUUUCUCCUGCUUCAGGAAGAGGUGCAGUCGUUGGACUCUCUUGCCAGCAGAAAACAAUGUUCUCCGGGAUGAGGACAGAUUUUUUCAACACUGGACUUGCGAGCCCGCCGAUGAAUUCGAUACCGGCUGGAUACUUCACUCAAAUCGGCAACACGACAGCUGCGGAGCAGAGAGCCAACUGCCUGUACGCGACCCCUCACGGGCCCGAAGCUAAGCCUGUGCGAACCACCGGCCGGCUGCCGGCCAAGAGGAGGCUAGAUCUGGAAGAGCCACAGUAUCUCCCUGAAUUUCGCACACCAAAAGGGAAAGGAAACUUGGCAUUUGUGAGGGUACCAAGCCCCAAAACUCCCAAGUCUCCUGGUGACCGCACUCGUUAUGACACUUCUCUUGGGCUGCUGACAAAGAAAUUUGUUGGCUUAUUGAGUGAAUCGGCUGAUGGGGUUCUAGAUCUGAACUGGGCCACGGAGGUUUUGGAGGUUCAGAAGAGACGCAUCUAUGACAUCACAAAUGUUCUGGAGGGAGUGCAGCUCAUACGCAAGAAAUCCAAGAACAACAUCCAAUGGCUGGUCAGUGGUGUGUUUGAGGGGUCAGCCAGUGGUGCAGAGAAGGCCAGCACUCUGAGAAAAGAACUCUCUGAGCUAGACAGGCAGGAAAAAGCUCUGGACGACCUCAUUCAGUCCAGCUCAGCACAGCUACGAAAACUCACAGAGAACAAGGACAACCAAAGAUUAGGAUAUGUGACCCAUCAGGACAUCCGCUCCAUAGCCAGCCUGAAGGAUGAAACUGUGAUCGCUGUAAAAGCUCCGUCUGAAACCAAACUGGAAAUCCCAGAGGCAUCCGGGGAGUCGCUGCAGAUUUACCUGAAGAGCAAGAAUGGCCCAAUCGAGGUGUACUUGUGUCCUGAAGAAUGUUUGGAUGAUGUUAGUCCCAUCAAGAAUGUCACACCCAGAAAAGAUUACCCACAAACCCCCAGUGCCACCACACCCUCUCUCUUUCCACCUGCCAAAUGCCAGCCAGCAGAGGGUUUGCUGUCUAAGCCACAGCCGUCAAUGACAGGCACCAGUGGUAGCACCUCCCUACUUGAUGUGGAAGGGAUCCUGGGUCUGCCUCCUAGCCUUAUGCAAAUCACAGAUGACCAGCUGCCUGGAACGGCCUUCACAUCUGACUCCUCCAUCCCCUUUGUUAGUUUCUCUCCUCAGCUCACUCAUGAUGACUACCUCUGGAGUCUGGAUGAUGGAGAAGGUGUAUCUGACUUCUUUGACACAUAUGAUCUGGGAGAUCUGCUCAACAUGAGGCAUUAAUGUCAGGGGUCCUGUUCCAGUGUGAUUAAACAAUAAUUGAUUGUGUGAAUUAGUUGAAUUCAGACACUGAUCCUCAUUACAACAGACACCUUCACAAUUUGACAUUGAAUGAAUUUGUAGCAUAAAGUGCACUACUGAAUUAGGAAUGGAGUUUUUAAUGGAGUUUCCCGUGUUUAUGAUUAGAAAUACUUUAAUUAAAAAGUGAGCAUGUGCCCUCUAGUGGAUAUAUGUGUCAUUCAGAUACAUUAUGAAGCCAUAUUAUUUCUGAGUCAUACAAAUAAUAAGGUAUUUUUUGUGUGUAUUGUUUAGUUAUAGAUAUUUUGGACAAAACAAUUAUUUGUCAGGUGACAUUACAAUUUAUUUUGUAUUUUUUCCCAUGGGCAAAUUGUUGAUCUUUGUAACUUUAUUUAGUAUUGACCAAAAUAACUUCUAAUUGCCUUGUGUCUAGGUAUGAGCUAUAGGACAUAGUGUUUUAUCUAUUGUGAGUAAAUCUUAAAUGGGAUGAAUUGAACUCAGGUAAUUUUAAAUGCUUUUAUUGAGCUUUAACAAUUGUAGUACAGUUGAACAUUGCCAGUAGAGGGCUGUGUGACCAUUUCUAGCUGCCCUCAGUCAAAUGUGCUUCUGAGGAUGUGUAUGUUGAAGACUUGUGAAUUGUCAUGUUUUGCAUCUUAGCUCCAUAACCAGACUCAACAAAUCUAGACUCAAGUAAAGCAGAGAUUUGAAAAGCUGUUUCUAAAAAAUGAUUCAGAUUUAGUCAUCAUCUAUUCAAAUUGAAAACAGUGCUUGGGUUUUUAGAAAUGGGUGCUUGUCUGUUCAUUCUACCUCCAUUUUUUAGAUUAAUUAAACCACAGUGAGGUAGUGCCUUGUACUUGUAGCAGUGGCUUUAUCCCAGGUCAUGAAGUAGAUACUAUAUAAUGCCUGAUUUUUAAGCACUGACAUGCAUGUAUGUUAGUAGAAACCUCAGAGAAUGUACAUAUUUGGCAGCUAAAUUUUACAUUACCAAAUGAAUUAUUCAAACUGAUAAAUUGAUACAUUUUAGGUCUGUUCAAUGACUAGAAUAAUUUUUCCCUAGUGACGUUAAGUUGAAGUUCUGCUCCACUCUUGUAGUAAAGGCACGUUUAAGGGGAUCUGGCAGAAACCUUCUGUUUGAACACUGAACUACUUCAUGUACUGCUAGAAAUACAAAGAAAACUUUGUUGUAUGUGUGGAGUUUGGAUUCUUACCUCCCCUGAAUGGUAGAUUUUAUUGCUGCAGAGAUAGACUACAAUGUAAAAGAAAAAAAAAACAUACAAUGCAGAACAUGUCUGGUUUGGGAGGCAAUAUAGAAAAUUGCUAAUUUUUAAAGCUACAUUUCCUCACCCAGUUUAAGUGUGUUCUACAAUCAUUUCUCAGUCAGACUGAAAUAAAUAAAACCUGAGCAAAAAAACAAAGAUCUUGUAGGAUGCUGAACCUUGGCCUUAAUACUCUAGAUUUGUCAACCUAGGAUUCUAGAACUUUAAGCCUGGAUUUGUUAUCAUUUUUCAAGAUCUAUACAGCAUUUGUCAAGGUGCCUUUGGGUUGGAUUUAAGAGUAGUAGUAAUCUGAUUUGAUCUUUGUCUAAUUAACUUAUGGAUAACUUAUGCCUUGUGGGAGGGUGUACAAAAAUGUUAUCUGGGUUUUGCUUUAUGCAGCUCUCCCACAUGUGGACAACUGUCCUGUCCUUACAAACUUGAAAAAUGUGUGUGUGUGUGUGUGUGUGUGUGUGUAUAUGCAUGAUGUGUUUACUAAGACUUGACAUUUUUGGUGAAUUUGGUUGUAGUCCAUAAUGAAUUUCUUUUGCGUUUUCGCUUUUUAAAUAAGCAUUAUGUUUUUAAAAUUGUACAGAAUAACUUUGUAUUUAUAGUUUUUGUAUUUGAAGGAAAUUGGAAAUUGUCUCAGGAUGUCAUUUUUGGAAGACCGUC